CCUAUCUCCCCAAUGAUAGCGCUAUAGGGCUGCAGCGGCUAUAUUUAGCCAGCCCUGUGACUGUGUGUAAACUGGCAUUGCUAUGUGGAUUCCAGUGGUAUGCUCAGCUCCAGCACAACCCAACCAGCACCUGCUACUUCGAGUUUACUGCCAGGCUGUCGUGUCAGCUCCUGCUGGGCCAGGACCACAUAGCCCCAGGGCCCAGGGCCAAACCUCAAGAGACGAGAAAAGAAGGUCAGACAGUCAUCCAGUCUCCAGUCAUCCAUUUAUUUUAGACGGUGAAGAGGAGAAGGUUUUGUUGGAGGAGGAUUUGACUGGACUGGUGGUUGAUGUGUGAAGAAUUUUCUCCAGGCUGGGCUGUAGGAUCUGUUCAUAGGAAUUAGGUUGUGGUUCUCUUCACAGCUGACAUGACACGAGGGGGGCCUUCAUCUACCUCACAUCAAGUUCUGAUUAAGGUGCCGGAUAAAAAGAAACUGAAUCAAGCUUUAAACACCGAAGAACUGUUAUUAAGGAUGUAACUUGGACGACAUCCUACACUGCAUUUAAAAGAGGAGAGCAUUGUGACAGUGGGGUCAUGUCGGAAAGGACCUUUCCAUGGGGUAUUAUCGACGACGAGGAGGAGGAGGAUAAUGGGACUUUGACGCCAACUGAUGACGUCAGUGAUUGGACUAGUUCCUACUGCGCUGUCCUAUGUUCACUAAGUGAUUUUGGUGAGGUGGAAGAACCAAAAGACACACCAUCUCCUGAGCCCCAGCCUCUAGUCUGAGGUCUGUUAACACCAUCUCCUGAGACCCAGCCUCUAGUCUGAGGUCUGUUAACACCGUCUCCUGAUCCCCAGCCUCUAGUCUGAGCUCUGUUAACACCGUCUCCUGAGCCCCAGCCUCCAGUCUGAGAUCUGUUAACACCGUCUCCUGAGCCCCAGCCUCUAGUCUGAGCCCUGUUAACACCGUCUCCUGAGCCCCAGCCUCUAGUCUGAGCUCUGUUAACACCGUCUCCUGAGCCCCAGCCUCUAGUCUGAGCUCUGUUAACACCGUCUCCUGAGCCCCAGCCUCCAGUCUGAGGUCUGUUAACACCGUCUCCUGACGCCCAGCCUCUAGUCUGACGUCUGUUAACACCGUCUCCUGAGCCCCAGCCUCUAGUCUGAGCUCUGUUAACACCGUCUCCUGACCCCCAGCCUCCAGUCUGAGAUCUGUUAACACCGUCUCCUGACCCCCAGCCUCUAGUCUGUGCCCGCUAAUACCACCUUCAUCUCAAAUUACUGAUGCUGUUCUACUGUUUGAGCCCUGUAUAACCAACCUGACAGAGGAGGGGAAGAGUACAGAUGGGUCAGGUAAAACAUCAGAUGAAACUUCUGCAUCCAAAAAACAGUGGCACAGUGGCUGCCAUCCUCACUGAUACUGACACCAAUGAGAAGUCCUUCUCCCCUCAACCCAGAUUCACCUGUAACAGAUCCAAGGCAAAUCAAUACAACCUGGACAAGGGACGAGAACACAUUGGCAGACAGCCUAACGAGGUUUCCACAACACAGAGAGGUUCCCAGUAUUUGUGAUACUGAAAGUAAACUCCUUAGCAGACACCCCAUGGAGGGUAACCCUAACCCUAACGCCAUGGAGGGUGGUCAGGAGGAGCAGUGGGAGGGGUUGGACUGCACAGAGGCUAGCUACAGAGAGGAGCAGACGGAGCUGUCACUCAGAGCCAGAAAUAGAAAAGCGCCUGCAAGCUGCAUCUCGACACUCAGGAUCUGCAGUCAGGAAUCCCAGCGUGUUGUUAUUCAGAGUGUUCCCUCGCAACUGGGCAGCAACACCAAUGACAGAGCCCUCCCGGAUCCCAGAGCUUGCCAACGGACAGCCAGGAAGACGCCUGGAGAUCCAGACCGCUCCCUCAGAAACCCUGUAGAAGCACCUGGUGGCUCCACAAAGCUCUACAACACAGGGGUGAGACAUCCACCAUGACCACCAAGUUCUACGAGACUGACAGAGACCUGGCCUUCAGCAAAUACUACUGCCCCCAGACAGACUACUUGGAUGUCUACAACUCCAGCUGUAGGUCCUCGACCCAAACGUCUACAGUCAGCGACUGGUCAGAAGAUGAUAUCUCCCUCCAGCUGUCCUCGGUUGGGUCAGCUAACAUCCAAAGCACAACAGCAUGCUUAGAAACCGGCAGCUUCGAAUGCAUUGAUGUGGCUAUGGAAAACCAAGGGGAGGUGUACAGAGGGGGGAUGAAAACCGUUCCCAAGAGGCAAAUCCAACUCAAGAGACGGGACACGGCAGAAUCACAAGACAGCGAUAAAGGUGAGGUGACAGAUGAAGGCCGAUGUACACCCUGUACAGUCAACCACCGCAGGGAUGUGUUCAUGCGUCAGCACAGCACCCCGGCUGCCUUUCACCAGGAGUCACAUGGGAUGGAGUCGGAGAACAGGACAACUCAGGCAGAGCGAAAGCAGAGGCUCCAGAAGUCCGUUUCCCUGGACGAGACCUCCACAAAAACCAAAAUGGCCUCAUGUAUCAUUAAGAGUGUCCUGUCAAAGAAGAUGCAGUUGGAGCAGAAUCUUCAAAACUCUGAAGUGAAAGAAGGAGCCUUCGCACCUGCAGAAGUCCAGAGCAACGUUAAGGACUCUCACCAGAGCCCUCUGGCAGUCAAAGAGAACACAACUGAUAUGAGCUCCGUUGAUUCACAUAGACAGAGUAACUCGAUCCAAUAUCAUCAGGUUGCAAGUGCCAAAACACACCAAAAGCUGCUUUACAAACAGAACUCAAUUCCUCUGGUGAGCAGCUUUGGAGGGUCAGAGUUUCAGAGGAUUUUCACUAAGAGGGCUGGAAUAGCCACCGCUCUAGAGAGUGAGGAAAUAGAACGGCAAAACCUCAGGGAAGGGGCUCUACCGUACGCUGACCGGAGCCCUGGGGAUGGACUAUCCUGUGACUCAGCAAAAGACAAGAACAGGAGCACAUGUUGUUCUGGUUCAAGUAGAACUGGAGGCAAACGGACUCCGGUGAAAAACACACCAGAGGAAUGCAACAGAGGGGAGGGGGUCCAUAAACAACAGAACCCCCUGCCUAAGGCACUACAGAGGACUGAUAUACUCUGGGAAAGUCAAGACGGUCAGCAGCCACUAAUUCGUAAAGGUUUAUCAGGAAAGGUGAUAGAGCCAGGGGACAGGGGAGAUGUACAGUUCCUGGGACCGUCUGGGAACAUGGGGACACUUAAAGCCAUGGCUCCAGUGCAUGUUGUGAGGGAUGUGAGGAGGCUGGUGAAAAAUACCUACAACCUGUCUUUCAAAAAUGUAGGGGACACUGUUUUGGGACAAGAGGACAGAUCCCCAUCCUUCUAUCAGCAGUCUAUGUAUGACCAGGUCAGCCACAGAGAGGCCUGUGGGGUCAGAGCAGCCAGGCCUGAUGAAAAGCUGUUUGUGAAGAAAGUGUCCCCUCUGGCACCUCUGAAUGUUGUGAAUACAGCUUUACUUUACACCGCCCCGAAGGGAUAUGUAACCAAAGCCACAGCUCUCCAUGAAUCACAAGACAUCGUUUCUAACACUGGAUUUACAAAUGUCACACCCCAAAGCCUUGUAAAACCUUUUGGGAGAAGAGACAGCCAACCUCAUAUCAACCAAUCUGAUUCAACGUCAAAAUACCCAAACAAAGCAGAGAUGCCCCGGCAGACCUGGUAUUCAGUGGAGCUCCCUCGUAAGUGUAAUCAGCGACAGUGUGAAAGGACAGGCACCACCAAUGGAAAACAGAAAUCACCACCAGCGGAAAAUAGUUUUACUGCAGUUCCAACUUAUUACUCAUCAGCAGCAUACCAGCCAGAACAGUAUCAGUGUUCCAGUGUCAAGGAUAACAACCAAAUUCAGGGCCCACCACCCAGAUACCAGGCUCAAACUACACUCGCUUGCACACCAUCCCCUGCCUGUGUACAGCUCAACACCACUGGGACUCCAAAGACGCUGAUGUCUUCCUUCUUUUAUCCAGCCAACCCAAUGAGCUACCACACAAUCCACACCCAUGAAGGAAAGAUGAGUUUCAUACAGGCCCCUGUACUGAUGCAGCCUUCACUUCAAAACCUGCCUUUCCAACUGCUGAGCGGAGAAAAAUACGCCCCUCGGCAGCCAGCAGGGAAUGGAGAAAUCAAAAUGCCCUCCCCAGAAACACAACAACAGCACUACAUGUGCAGCACACAGGGUUUCAUGGCCCCAUUCAGCACAGAGUACAGGCAGGGCAGUGCGGGGCUGGUGUACCCUGAGAUGGCUGGAGCUCAGGUUUAUGGAAAGGGACCCCGACACAUGCUGAUCGACCCGGAGACAGGGAGAUGUUUCUACGUCGACGUUCCCCAACUUCCCCCUCAGCCACAACGCAAGAUGCUGUUCGAUCCAGAAACCUGCCAGUUUGUGGAGGUGCUGCUGCCACAGCAGACGGUGCCUACUGCAGUACUGCCACCAGUGUAUGCAAUGCCCGGCCACUCACUGCAAUUCCCAGCCAUGUACACUCCACAGUGCUUCUCUGUUCAGGCUCAUCCACAGGAGAUGCCUCACACCGGGCCUUGAGACGUCUACCGGACUGCAACAGCAGAACACUACCACAUGACUGCACACUGCACUAUCCAGGAAGUAUGGACUGUGUGGGUAAGCCACCCAAGGCUACCCAGUGAUAGAUCAGACAGUCUCAGCUACAUACUGUCAGGUUGAGUAAAUCUUGCGUAUCAAUCAUAGUCAUUAAAAUCAGUGUCUCAUCUCUGAUUCGGAGACUCCUGACAAUACCGAUUAAGAUUAGAACUACUGGGACUUUACAUCAUCAUAAAGCUGUGUGAGAGAACAGAGGGCUGCUGAUGUACAGUCCUUCAGAAAGUAUUCAUGCCCCUUGACUUAUUCCACAUUUGGUUGUGUUAGGCUGGAUGAAAAAUAAUAAUCAUUCUCAACCGUAUACACCCCAUAAUAACAAAAUAAAAAAAUAUGCUAAUUUGUUGAUAAUUAAAUACAGAAACAUCUCAUUUACAUAAGUAUUUACACCCCUGAGUCAAUACAUGUUAGAAUCCCCUUUGGCAGUGAUUACAGCUGUGAGUCUUUCUGGGUAAGUCUCUAAGAGCUUUCCAAACCUGGAUU